AUGUUUCAGGUACAAGGAUAUGGAUACACAAUCAUCACAGAGAUUACUGCAAACCUAUUGUUUAUUGAAAUGAUCACAUUACAAACUGAGAUUGACAUGGAUGUGCUUUCAGAGGAUGAUGUUUUGAGGAGGGUUGCAGCUUCAAUGAAGACCAAGUUCAACGAGUAUUGGGGAAGUUUCGAGUCAAUUAACAAGAUCAUCAUGAUAUCGAAUGUGGACCCUAGAUACAAGUUACAGUGGGCACAUGUAGGUUUGAAAAAGGUUAAUGCAAGUUAUGCGACAAUUCAAACAAUAGAAGAGAACUUGAAAAGAAUAUUGAUGAGGAUGUAUGAAGAAUAUAAAAGAGAUGUGGGCGCCGAUCAAGCUGAGCAGUCUGCUAAUGAAGAUGUAGGAUUGGAAGGGGAUGAAUUAGAAAGGCUUGAUGAAAUCAGUAGGGAGAUAGCAAGGGAGAGGAUGUCUGCACAAUCACAAUGCAUUCGGAAUAAGGUUGAUCAGUACUUUUUCGGAUAG